GGGCUUUGCACGAGCCUCCCAGCUCCCUACCACGGGACCCCGGGACAGGCCCCACGCCCUUGCUGAUCCGGCCUAGGUUGAAGAAACACUUAAAUUCUGGAAAUAGCGACUCAGUAUCAUGGCUGGCAGCCCUAAUGAAGAUUCAGAAGGAAGCAGAAUUACUUAUGUGAAAGGAGAUCUUUUUGCAUGCCCCAAAACAGACUCCUUAGCCCACUGUAUCAGUGAGGACUGUCGAAUGGGCGCUGGGAUAGCUGUUCACUUCAAGAAGAAAUUUGGAGGGGUGCAGGAACUGUUAAAUCAACAAAAAAAGUCUGGAGAAGUGGCUGUUCUGAAGAGAGAUGGGCGAUAUAUAUAUUACCUGAUUACAAAGAAAAGGGCUUCACACAAGCCAACUUAUGAAAACUUACAGAAGAGUUUAGAGGCCAUGAAGUCCCAUUGUCUGAAGAAUGGAGUCACCGACCUCUCCAUGCCAAGGAUUGGAUGUGGUCUUGAUCGUCUGCAAUGGGAAAAUGUAUCUGCGAUGAUUGAGGAGGUCUUUGAGGCAACAGACAUCAGAAUUACUGUGUACACACUCUGAACAGAUGCGCAUUUUGGAUAUGUCUACCUUCUGUGUCAUCUGGGCCUUAGGACUGAGCAAACUGACCUUAAAAUGGUCAGAGGAAAGUUUCAUGUGGUAGUCUGUUUCGCAGGCCAGACUUUGGUUGCUGUAUUCUCAUGAUUGGACUGGGAGUCUGGAGGAGGGAUUGCUUGGGAAGUGUUGCUGGGAAUUUUUUUUUUCCAGGAAGGUAAGGCCUAGAUGGCCUGAUACUAGGUGGGGAAGCCAAAUGUUGGGCUUGAUUGGGAAUGAUUUGUUUGGGUUGCCACUAGGUGUCAGCAUUGCUUCUGCUUCUCUGCUGUUUAAGAGACAUUUCAGGAAGGAUGAACACUUCAGUUAAUUUUGCAUCUUUUGUCAUUUUGUGCACUUACCUGGUAUUAUCCUUAUGUCAUAAUAUUCAUCCUAGGAGAGAAUUAUGGGUUCAGUUUUGUUUAAAUUACAAGAAAGAGUUUUGUGUUGUUAACAAGGAAUUUGUGGUGACAAGAAUGGAAAAAUAAAU